GACAUGAGCGCAAAGGAUGACAAAUACCAACUGGAUGCGACCCUUGUGUAGGGGGUGAUGUAAAGACCUGAAACACGCUAGUAGGCCAGGGACUGGGGCCCUAUUUACAUCCAGGAUACCGAGUUGCCAAUGUCGCCAAUAUACCGGUACAGACUGUAUAGCUAGAGCUUACCGCUUAGUUGUCUAUGACAUAGUCCUAUUGAGCACAGGCGGCUAAAUUGAUGGAUUGACAAAUAUUGCUUUGAUCGGAGAGGGUGAGGAGCUCUAUCUCCGACAUAAAGAAGUUUACCAGGGUUUACCCGUGCUUGCUGGGUCUAAAGAAAGAGUGCAAAAAAAAGUUAUUCCUCUGUGGUCGUUGGGAUUUUUGCUGAACGAGAUCGAAGGAUCUCUAUGUUGAAUCCUAUCAAAUAGAAUAGCAGGCACGUGGGAUGCUUAUAUCACAUAAUGGAUAUCACCGGAUUGUUACACUAAUAAUAUAACUGGAGUAAGCAGGGGUGACGGCCGCAAAGGAGACAAAGUGUUGGGCGUCGAGAGCGUACCGAGUGUCUGCAAGGAGGGAAUGGAGAGGACCUGGGGCUGCGGGCGGGGGCGACUGGUGGUCCUCUUUUACCUGUUCGCCCUCGGUGCCUGGUUAGCGAUGAUGUUCCUGCAGUUAGUUCUGCUGGAUGUUCAGCUGACGCGGGGCUCGUGUGGGCAAACGGGGCGUGGGGUACUCGAUCACCUGUGGGGACGCCAGGAAGAAACCCAAGACGUUAAUUUAGUAUCAAUCCGACUAAAUCUUAUGGAAUUGAGACGUCUCUUGACACACCCUUGCCCAGGGAUACAGUUUCAUUGGAUGAGGUUAAGAAUUACCCGGAUGUGGCAACAAUGGCGUCGCGGUGUAGAAGAAAUGUUACAGGAAGGGAAGAUUUCGAUUAGUCGGCGAAAGAAAAAUAUUUUGCUUCACUUCGGUACCUUGGCGCAAGGAAACAGACUGGACGAAACAGCUUUUAAGGGUGGCCCUCUUGGAGAGCUGGUACAGUGGAGCGACCUGGUGGCCACUUUGUACAUCUUGGGGCAUGACGUCACCAUCACCACGGAAAUAAACCAACUUGGAAAACUUAUGGCGGAUAAUUGGCAGCGUCCAGUUCAGGCCAGUCUGGGCCGCGGGCCACUGCCCUAUGACCUGAUCUUCACCGAUAUACACGGGUACAAACAGUUCAGAAAUACCCUGGCAGAGGCGGUUUUUACGAAGUCCAGGUGCCUGUUUCGCAUACUCGACUCUUUUGGAACCGAGGCAGAGUUCAACUACAGGCCGUACGCCACCGGUUUCCAUGGCAACAACCGUUCCAAUACUUGCGAGUGGGGAUGUCUUCAUCUACGACUACAGCAGUUCUACACAAUGUUUCCCCACACUCCGGACAACUCUUUCCUUGGAUUUGUAAUAGAGCGGCAUAAUGCUCGCGACGGUGUCAAGCAAAGUAGACGGAUACAGAACCAGUCGUUAGUGUACGCUAAGCGAGAGUACAUGUGGGAGGGAAAACAAGCCUUCAUCGAUGUUAUCCGAGAAUUCUUUGAUGUCCACGCCACAUCAGAACUUCAAGCGCCACGUCAUAUGACGCAGUCCCCUAUCCCGGAAUAUGUCCACAACCACUACGUUCUUCUUGGGGACAGCUACCAAGCCCUGCUACAACAGUCGAAGAUAUUUGUGGGUCUGGGGUUCCCGUAUGAAGGACCUGCUCCUCUCGAGGCCAUCGCCAUGGGGACCGUCUUCAUAAACCCACGAUUUCACCCGCCUCACAGCCGCUCUAACACGGCUUUCUUUGCAGAGAAACCGACAAACAGAGAGGUGACCAGCCAGCAUCCGUAUGCCGAGGACAUAGGCGACCCUCACGUGUACACCGUGGACAUUAACAACCAUACUCAGCUGCGAGCCACGCUCCUCAGGGUGCUAACUAGGCAACAAGAGGUGCCUCCUUUUCUUCCUUUCGAGUUUACCGUUGCCGGGAUGUUGGAGAGGAUGAAUUAUUAUAUAGAGAAUCAAGAUUUCUGUUCCAACCCCAUCAGAAGUCACGUGCCAAGAAAUGCCGUCCAAGGUUUUGUCGGUGCCGAGGGAAAGUCGUGCAAUGAUGUUUGCCGGAGUAACGGCCGUUUUUGCGAAAACACGAGGUUCAACAGCGUCAACAACAUGGAGUUUUUACGGGCAAGAAAUGUGACUUGCAGUACAGUUGUAUCAGAGGCUGGGUUGGUUUACCCGUCUUUAGUUAGGCAAGGUGCAAGACGGGAUUGUUUCUUUCAACAGAAUGAUAUUCUGUUCAACUGCGCCAGUAAACUGGAGAAGCACAAUCGAUUGUGCGCUUGCAGAACGUUUAAAAAGGAACAAGUAGCUCUUUGCCAUGAAUGCUGACGAAGCAUUUUUUUGUUUUAUUGUCAAACUAGUGUACAUAUUUUGCAAGUCAUUGUUUAUAAUUCAUUGAAUUGCCUUUACAAGUAUGCACGCACCAAGACAGGGAAGAUUUUGAAAAUGACAUUUGAAACGCAAAGGGGAUCUCGGUGUUCGGUUUGACAGUGCCAUAGAACAAGGAGGAACUUAACUUU